UAUACGGCUUGCUGGGACGGUUUACGUACGGUGAGCACACGCUUCGCAUUUGGCACCACGUCGCGCGCCCACGUGGUUUGGCUGACCGCAGUCCUUUGCACGCGGCUCGUUGCCGCCAGUAACCAGACACUGAACUUUUCCUCGCGCAAGCCCAGAGAUCAUCACUUGGGAGAUCAGUUUACUCGCUGGGCAUCGGAUGAGUCGACGACGAGGCGCAUGACGUAUCCCGAGAUGCAGUCGCUGAUAAGGCAGGAGGGGGGCGACGAAGGCCUACCAGUGGACUGCUGCCCGACGAUAGAGGAGAUGGUCGAGCCGCAGGGCGGUCGCAAUCGGCAGGACAUGUAUGUCGAGUUGUAUCGCGAUGGCGAGAACGCGCAACGUUUCUUCGAGUACUCCUGCAGGUCGGAUGUACUCGACAAGCCUUGCCGAUUCAUCGAUCGCAAACUUCAAGCUCAGUCGAGAUGCGUGCAAAAGUUCUCCUACACCUACGCCAUCGUUCAGAAUUUGGAAGGCGAGCAGCACCGGAGGCACCGCCAUAGGCCAGAACAGUCGCAACCACAGCAGCACCAAUUCCCUGCGUUCCCAGGCAACGGCGGCACCUCGUCGUGGACGUUGGACUACAUCAAGGUCCGCAGUGGUUGCAGUUGCGAGGUGUCGCCGAAACCGAGGAAAAGGAAGCUGGCGGCGAUGAAAGUGAAGAGAACAAGGAGUAGAGGACACCAUUCUGCGGCGCGCACCUCGCGUCCCACUACCUUAGACUUUAGUCCCGAGGUGUGAGGAAAAAGAGCCAGAGAGAAGAAAGUGCCAAGUGUUGUUUGUCUUCGUCGCGAGAGGCCAGUGUUUUCCUUUCUUCCUUUUCUUUCUUUGCUGUACCUUUUAAACGACAGAUUCUCCUUUUCUGUACGCGUGCCCUCCUUUCGAUCAUCCACUAUUUUUUUUAUUUUUUUUAUUUUUUAUUUGGUGCGUGGAGUAAUGGAUCCAGCGUUGCAUUUACGUGUAUGUGUGUGUGGCACGCUCGAGCGAAUUCUCUUGAAUUCGCCAAAAUAUUAUCUCCGCGUAUCUCUUCCUUACUGUUUAUAGCUAAUGUGUCUCGUAUAAAAGUGUUCGCCUCAAUGUAUCUUUUAAUCUCUGUGUAUUGAUGUAGAGUCUCUCCAAACUUAUAUCUAUGUAUAAAGACAAAACACUUAUUGUAUAGCUACGUUAAAUGUACUAAAUUUGUAAAUCUCAGAUACUAGUCUUAUACCUUUAAAACAAAAAUAAUGAAAUACGAACGCAGAACGAUUCGUAGUUGACAAGUUUUUAGACGUGUGCUCAUUUUUCUUCUUUUUUUUGCAACAGAGAAAAAAAUACUUUUUCUCCAUGCACCAAAAUUAUUAUAAAUGUUUUUUAGCUUCCGAAGGAGUAUAUAUUAAAUGUGUAAGGCGCGACGAAUCUUUUUUUAUUUUUGCUAAACCUGCGAAUGAUGAUGACGAGGUGAACAAGAAAGAAAAAAAAUUAUUACAAAAACAUAGAGAAACUUUUUGCAUGUACUGCCGCAAUACGUAUUCAAUUAAUGUAGCAAGUAUAACAAUAUAGAAACUUCUAAUGAAAACAAAUAUAACAGCUGAUCGAUGAAAUGUAGCAAUCCUUUUUUCGAUUAUUGUACUUGACACUUUUUCCUUUUUACUUCUUAUAUAUUUUGUGUUUUUCUUUAAUUUACUUUGCUUUGCUAUCGGCGAUGAUUUUACUUUGUAAUUUUUAUUUCAAGCAGCUUUUUUAAUCAAUUGUAUUUUUAUAAGUCGUUAAGCAAAGCAAACAAAAAAAUCUAAUGUUUUUUUACGAAAAAUUGAAAGUAUUGAGUAAUAAAUUGUAAGUUUACAUUUUUACUUAAUGUUUUUUAUUAGUCAUAGUUAAAUAGAAAUCUUUUCUUCAUGAACUAGUGAGUGCGGAUGACCUCUAGUUUAUUAACAGAUUCAGCUCUCUAGUAAAUCUUACUAGAUCAAUAAUAAAUAAAUUUUAUAAUUAUUAUACUUCAAAUAGUUGUAGCAUAUUUCAAAUGUUUUAGUUAGUAAUUUAUUCAGUUUUCUUUUUGUGUACAGAACU